AUGAGCGCCGAGGCGUACGUGAAUGGCCUCCUCCGCGACGCCUGCGCCAACGUCGUCGGUCGCCUCUCGGACGACCGUCAGUCGAUUCCCGAGCCGCCGGACGAGAAUGACGCGAAGACUAAUGACUCGGGCGUUGGUUUGUCCACGUGUGCUCACGACAUGGCGACCACGAUGACGUCCGAAGCACUCGAGCUGCUCAGCCUCGGUGUAUCUAUCGCAGAGACGCUGGAGCCUCCAGCGGAAGACGACGCGUCGCCCGUGGCGUGCGACAGCGCUUUGGUUGACGAGCCGUGUGGCGAAAUCGUUGUCGAGCCGCCACCAACGACGGCCACAGACUUGAACCACACUCGACCAACUUUGGAAUCCAAGCCAUCGUCGCCCGAGGACGCUGCAAUCGACAAUCUCGUCGACCAAGCACCGUCACCAGUCCAAGCACCGUCACCAGCCCAAGCCCCCAAAUCCCAUCACAAGGCCGUGCCCCCCUCGACGAUCAAGCCUGCCCCAACGCGGUCGAUACAGCGACCGAUGCCACCGGCCAAAGCGCUCAAGCAGCUCACGCCACCACCGUCUUUUGCAUCGCUGGACAUUUACCCCCAAGUGCUCACCGACGUCGCGAUCUUUCCCGCGAGCCCGCGCAGUGACAACCAGCCCGACACCAAGCCGCCGCUCUCGAUGCCCAAGGCAAAGAAGCUCGACCCGAUCGUCUUUCGUGGCGGCAAGUACCAGGCGUAUGAUGCCACGAGCCGCAGCGACGCGUCUCCUCGGGCUCGGCGCCUCCAGGCCGACGCCCCGAGGGCCAUCGUUGCUAGUAAGACCGUCCAGCACGUCGUGUCGGGGUUCUGCCGGCAGUGCCUUCUCUACGGCGACAUGCGCAAGCUCGCAGAGUGCAGUCAACACAACUACUUUCCGCCAAGUCAGAAACGACACUAGUG